CUCACCGUUAUCGACCACAACGCUGGCGCACUUGAGCGCGACGUUGACUCUACGCUUUCGCCGGCAACAACAUCGCUCUCAUCGUUAGCUGUCCUAGAUUAAGAUCAACGUCUGCGUCAACAUGGCUGACAUACCCAAUCACUCCAUACGCAUCUGCGCAGAUAGAGGAGGCACCUUCUGCGAUAUCCACGCAUCUUAUCCAGAUCCGGAGAACCCCAAGCAGCGGAAGGAAACGGUCGUCAAGCUCUUAUCCAAAGAUCCCAACUACCGCGAUGCGCCCACCGAAGGCAUCCGGCGCCUCCUCGAGUCUCUCACCGGCGAGAAACUGAAGCGUGAUGACGUCCUCAAGACCGACAAGAUCGAGUACAUUCGCCUGUCGACAACAGUAGCUACCAACGCCCUCCUCGAACGCAAAGGUCGCAAACACGCACUGCUAAUCACCCGCGGGUUCGGCGACGCCCUCCUCAUCGGCACCCAAGCACGUCCACGAAUCUUCGACCUGAACAUCCGCCGCCCCUCUUCUCUGUAUACCAAGGUUAUCGAGGUUGAUGAACGCGUCACACUCGUUGGCUACUCAAGUGAUCCGAAAGCGGACGAGCAUGCGGUGCAGUUUGAUGAAGAUGGGAAGGUCGUGCGUGGGUACAGAGGCAAUGGCUGGGACGGUGAGAGCAACGCAGAGGGACCGGGCGAUGUGGUGAAAGGGAUCAGCGGGGAGGCGGUGAGGAUUCUCGAGAAGCCAGAUGUAGAGAAGGUCAGACAAGAUCUCCAGAAGCUGAGAGACGACGGAUACGAUUCACUCGCAAUCGUUCUGCUGCACUCUUACACGUACCCGGAACAUGAGCAGCAAAUUGGCAAGUUGGCGAGGGAGAUGGGGUUUUCGCAGGUUAGCGAGAGUGCAGCCCUCAUGCCGAUGGUCCGCCUCGUUCCGCGUGGGACCAGCGCAAGCGCCGACGCGUACCUAACACCCGUACUACGCGAGUAUCUCGACGGGUUCUUCUCGGGAUUUGACGAAAGCCUGCGCGACCUUGACGUCAGGGUGCCACGAGUCGAGUUCAUGGGUAGCGACGGAGGAUUGGUCGACCUAAAGAACUUCUCGGGUUUGAAAAGUAUUCUUAGUGGCCCUGCGGGCGGUGUGGUCGGGUACGCGCUGACUAGCUGGGACGAAAAGAAGAAACAGCCAAUCAUUGGACUCGACGUUGGCGGUACCUCGACAGAUGUAUCCCGUUUCUCAGGCCGCUACGAGACCGUAUACGAAACCACGACUGCAGGAAUCACCAUCCAGAGCCCACAGCUGGACAUCAACACCGUCGCUGCUGGUGGCGGCUCCUGUUUAGCCUUCCGCAACGGCUUGUUCGCCGCAGGACCGGAGAGUGCGGGCGCUCAGCCUGGGCCGGCUUGUUAUCGGAGAGGUGGACCGCUCGCCGUUACGGACGCGAACCUCUUACUGGGUCGGCUCGUGUCCGACUUCUUCCCCAAGAUCUUUGGGCCCAACGAGGAUCAGCCGCUCGAUGCCGAGGCGUCGCGCAAGGCGUUCGAGGAACUCGCGAAGGAUAUCAACAAGCAGAGCGAGCGAGAGACGGAGAUGGGGCUUGAUGAGAUUGUCUACGGAUUCAUCAAAGUCGCGAACGAAACGAUGUGUAGGCCCAUCCGGGCGCUUACCGAGGCCAGGGGCUACUCUACCUCUGAACACGUGCUCGCGAGCUUCGGAGGCGCUGGUGGGCAGCACGCGUGCGAGAUCGCGCGGUUGUUGGGGAUCAAGACGAUUCUCGUGCACCGGCACAGUUCGAUUCUGAGCGCGUAUGGGCUCGCCCUUGCCGAUCGUGCUUUCGAGCUCCAAGAACCCUCGUCAACGUUCUACUCCUCUUCCACACGCCCUGAGCUUUCAACCCGACUCGACAAGCUCGCAUCGCGCGUCGUCGACGAGCUGCAGGCACAAGGCUUCCCCUCAGACAAAAUCACCACCGAGCGGAUGCUCAACAUGCGCUUCGAAGGAACCGACACCGCUCUGAUGGUCCUCCCUACCUCCUCGGACGGCGACGGCAAAGAGGACUUCGAAGCAGCCUUCAAGCGCGUCUACAAAGCCGAGUUCGGUUUCUUGCUCAAAGCGCGUGUGCUCGUGGACGACGUCAAAGUGCGCGGGAUCGGCAAGACGUUCGACUCGCUCGGGCCCUCUGUGUUCGCCGAGGUCUCGGACCCGUCGUUUGAGCGGCGCGAGUUGGGCAACGACAGGGCGGACGCGACGCACAGCACGUACUUUGAUGAGAUCGGACGGGUGGAGGAUACGCCGGUGUUUUUGCUGGAUAAGCUGGAUAUUGGGGACGAGGUGAGGGGGCCAGCGAUGAUCAUUGACGAUACGCAGACGAUCGUGGUUGUCCCUGGUGCGAGAGCGCUUGCGGCAAGAAGGCACUUGUAUAUCACGUUGGACGAGUAAAGCAGAUAAGGAUAAAUAUAGAAGUUCUAGAAGCAUCAAUGUAGCUGUCCGGCUUGUAUUCGAGGAUUACGAAUGCCAGCAAUUGUACUUUUAUACGGC